UAAUUGAAAACGUUAACAAAUUGAAGAUAACUCUGAAUGAGUGAAUCCCCUGUAAACCACCACCUCACAACACCAACCAUUUCUUCUACAAUCUCAUUACAAUCAAUGGCUGAAGUCGUGCUUUCUGCCCUGCUCCCUGUCCUCUUUGAGAAGCUGACCUCCGCAGCUGUGAAAAGCAUUGCUCGCUACAGAGGAGUUGAUGCUGAGAUCAAGAAAUGGCACAGAUCCUUGACCCAGAUCCAAGCUGUGCUUACUGAUGCGUCUCAGAAAGAGAUAACCAGUGCACCUGUGAAACGAUGGCUCAAUGAUCUCCAGCAUCUCGCUUAUGACAUCGAUGACGUCCUCGAUGGUUGGCUGACCGAAGCUAUGCAUCGUGAGUCCACCCACGAGUCAGAAGGCGUCACCAGCAAGGUAAGAAAGCUAAUCACCCCAACUUGUUGCACAAAUUUCUCACGGGCGACUACUACGAUGCUUGGCGAGUUAGAUCGUAUUUCCAACAAACUACAAGAUCUAGUUAAGGAGAAAGCUGACCUUGGUUUGAGAGUGGAAGAGGCUCAAAGUAGGCCAAGAAAUAAUAAUAGAAGAUAUCAAUCCUCUGUUGUUGAUCCAUCUAGUAUUGUUGGACGCCAAGCUGAGAAAGAGGCAUUGCUCCAACAGUUAUUGUUACCCGCGGAUGAACCAUGUGAUCAAAACUAUAGCAUUGUUCCCAUAGUGGGUAUGGGCGGGGUUGGUAAAACUACUUUGGCUAGGCUUUUGUAUCAUGAAAAACAAGUCAAGGAUCACUUCGAACUCAAGGCGUGGGUUUGCGUCUCGGAUGAGUUUGAUAGCUUUCGUAUAAGCAAAGAGAUCUUUGAAGCUAUGGCAAAGGUAAACGAGAAUCUUACAAAUCUGAACCUUCUUCAAGAAGCCCUUGGAGAUCACCUAAGGGGUAAAAAAUUUCUAUUGGUACUAGAUGAUGUGUGGACCGAAAGUUAUGCAGAUUGGGAAACCCUGGUCAGGCCGUUUUAUACAUGUGCUCCUGGAAGCAAAGUCAUCGUAACAACACGAAAGGAUCAAUUGCUUAAACAGUUGGUUUACAAUCCUCUAAACAAGCAGCUACACAGCCUCUCAAAUAAUGACGCUUUGUCUUUAGUUGCUCGACAUGCAUUAGGUGUAGAUAACUUUUAUUCACAUUUGUCUCUCAAACCAUAUGCUGAAGGUAUUGUGAAAAAGUGUGGUGGUUUACCUUUGGCUUUGACAGUGCUUGGUAGAUUGUUGAGAACAAAAAAAGAAGUAGAGCACUGGAUGAAAGUGUUAAACAGUGAGAUAUGGAGAUUAAAAGAUGAAGGUGGAAUUCUCCCAGCCCUAAGACUAAGCUACCAAGAUCUUUCUGCAACUUUGAAGCAGUUGUUUGCUUACUGCUCCUUGUUUCCCAAGGACUUCCUGUUUGACAAGAAGAAUCUGGUUUUAUUAUGGAUGGCCGAAGGGUUCUUGCAUCAACCAACUACAAGCAAUUCAACAGAAGAACGCUUGGGUCAUGAUUUCUUUGACGAGCUGUUGUCAAGAUCAUUUUUUCAACAUGCACCUAAUAAUGAAUCAUUAUUUGUGAUGCAUGACCUCAUGAAUGACAUGGCGACAUCGAUUGCAACCGAGUUUUAUUUAAGGUUAGACAACGACUCAGAGAAAAAUAUUAGGAUGGAGCUGCUGGAAAAGUACCGCCAUAUGUCAUUUGCUCGUGAAGAAUAUGUACCUUACACGAAAUUUGAGGCAUUCACAAAAGCCAAAAGUUUGAGGACAUUCUUGGCAACAUACGUUGGGGAGGAAGAAAGCUGGAGAAAUUUCUUUUUAUCUAAUAAGAUUCUCACUGAUUUGCUUCUUGAGUUACCGUUGUUAAGGGUUUUAAGUCUGAGUAACUUUUAUAUAAGUGAGGUACCGGAGUUCAUUUGUACUUUGAGGCACUUGAGAUAUCUUAAUUUAUCUCGGACUCGUAUCACACAUCUACCGGAAAAAGUUUGCAAUCUCUACAAUUUACAAACAUUGAUCCUUUUUGGUUGUGAUAAAUUAGCUAAGUUGCCCAACAACUUCCUAAAGCUUAAAAACCUGCGACAUCUUGACGUUAGGGGCACCCCACUUUUGUUCCAGAUGCUGUUAGAGAUUGGCAAGUUGAAAAGGCUACAAAUUACUCUCUCGAAAAUUGAUAUCGAAAGUGAAAGCGGUAUUGAAAUAACCAAACUUAAAGACUUUAAGAAUCUAUAUGAAAAACUUUCGGUUGUAGGUUUGGAAAAAGUGCAAAAUGCAACCUAUGCACAUGAGGCGAACUUUUCACAGAAGGAGAUAAGUGAGUUGGAGCUUGUAUGGAGUGAUGAGCUACAUGAUUCACAAAAUGAAAUUCUUGAAAAAGCAGUCCUAAAUGAGUUGAAGCCCUGUGAUGAUAAGUUAAUACAACUGGAGAUUAGGUCAUACAGGGGACUAGAAUUUCCCAGUUGGGUUGGGGAUCCUUCGUUUCUUCAUUUGAAGCAUGUGUCAAUAAGUGGUUGUAAGAGGUGUACAUCUUUACCGCCACUCGCACAACUACCAUCACUUAAGGAGUUGUUUAUUAAAAGCUUAUAUAUGAUGGAAGUUGUGGAUUUUGAGUUAUUUGGGGCUGGUUGCGCAUUUCCUUCGCUUGAAAUUCUCGGUUUAAGUGAUAUGCGUGGGUGGAAGAAAUGGUCUGGUGUUGCAUUUCCACGCUUACAAAAGCUUAUAAUAAGUGAUUGUCCUAAUUUGGUUGAAGUCACACCUGAAGCUCUACCUUCAUUGAAUGUUCUUCGAAUAGAUAAUUGUCCUAGUUUGGUUGAAGUCACACCUAAAGCUCUACCUUCAUUGAAUGAUCUAUCUAUACAUAGAUGUCCUAAAUUGGUUGAAGUCACAGUUGAAGCACUACCUUCAUUGAAACUACUAAUACUAUCUAAGUGUGAUAGUGGUCUGUUAAGAAAUCUGGUUGAAGUAGCUUCAGCAGUCACCGAGUUGAAAAUAAGGGAUAUUUCAGGGCUUAAUGAUGUGGUGUGGGGAGGUGUUAUAGAGUCUCUUGGGGCAGUGGAAGAAUUAAGCAUAGUGAGCUGUAAUGAAAUAAGGUACCUGGUGAAAUCAGAUGCAGCUGCAAGUAAGAUUCUUGUGAAGCUGAGGAAACUGGAAGUGUGGGGAUGUGAUCAUUUGGUGAGUAUAGGAGAGAAAGAGGAGGAUGAUAAUUGUAGGAGCAACCUCCUAACAUCUCUUAGGAUUUUGUACAUAUUCAGUUGUAAGAAUAUGGAGCGUUCCAGUUGUCCAGAUGGCAUUGAGAAGCUGAUUGUCGAUGGUUGUAGUUCAAUUACAGUUGUCUCCUUUCCAAAAGGAGGACUGGAGAAGCUCAGAAAACUUAGAAUUAAUAAAUGCAUGAAACUAUUGGAAAGAGGGUGGGGAGGACAAAACGUGGACAACAGAAGCAGCAUGUCGAUGCCUGAAGAUGUAUGGAUAAGUGAUUGGCCAAGUCUGAAAUCAAUCAUUGAAAUGAAUUGCUGGGUUCACCUCACUAAAUUGAGUAUAGAAGAUUGUGAAAGUCUUGAGACAUUUCCAAACAAUUUGACAUCACUGGAGAAUCUAAAAAUAAUAAAUUGUCCCAGAUUGGAUGUCCCUUUUCCUGGUUGGGUUUGGCCUCCCAAUUUGCGUUCUUUAGAAUUAGGGAAGUUGAAGAAACCCAUCUCAGGGUGGGGCCCACAGAAUUUUCCAACCUCGCUUGUUGAAUUGAAGUUAUAUGAUGAUGAUGAAGUGAGUAGUUGUAGUGAAUUUUCUCAUCUUCUUCCUUCAUCUCUUACUUCUCUUUACAUAUUUGGAUUUGAGAAAUUGGAAGCCGUUUCAGUGGGACUCCAACACCUCACUUCCCUCCAACAUCUCUCUUUUUCCAGUUGCGCUAAUCUGAAGAAAGUGUCGAAUCCCCAACACCUCACCUCCCUUCAGCAUCUAUAUUUUUGGAAGUGCCCUAAGAUGAUGGAUCUGCCAGAAAUGUUGUUGCCUUCACUCUUGAGAUUAAACAUCAGCGGUUGUCCAAAUCUGAAAGAACGAUACCGUAAAAAUGGGAGUCACUGGCUCCUCAUCACCCAUAUCCCCUGUAUCAUUAUGUCAAUGGACUUUGGCAUUGUUACCGAGUUUGCUUAAGGAGAGAAAAGAACAGAAGUGGAAGGAAAGAAAAGCUUAAUUUAAAGGCUCAAUAAUGAGGAGACGCAUUCUAUAGAGAUUUCAACCUGCGAGUAUAAAAGAACAUGUUGGUUCAGAAUUUACUGUGUUGGUAAUGGGUCAGAUUUCAGAUUGUAUUUUGUGCGUAUACCUAUUACUCUAUUUCUAGUCGGUGCAUCACUGAUGUUAAUUGUGGUGAUUUCUACCUUCUUGUACAAAAGCCGGGUUGACGCAGAUUGUAUACUAAGGCAUUAAUUUAUAUAUAAAAAAAGUUUUCAUCAUUA